AUGGUGCCCCCUGAACAUGUCCAAAGUCAAGCAGCGUCUAAAGCAGCAGAGGUGCACCAGAAAUACGUGCCACUACCCCAGUUUUCUGCUCCAGUACCCACCAACCCGCAACAUGCAAUGGCAGCUCUACCUCCUGCACUGGAACAGUUACCUGCAGUAAGAGAAAUGGACAGGGUCGUGGCCGUAAAAGAGAUUUGGGAACGUAACUGCACCACUUUGGAAACCAGUCAGCGGGAAGCUUUAUGGCAAGUGCUACUGCAGUACAAAGACAUCUUUGCCCUUUCUGAAGAGGAGGUGGGUCUAACACACUUGGUGCAGCACGAAAUAGACACUGGAGAUGCGCACCCGAUCAAAACGCGCCCCCGCCGACUCCCUCUGGCGCAUCAAGCGGCUGCUGAUAGCGCAAUUGACGAAAUGCUCGCGGCUGGUAUUAUCGAGCCGUCAGAUAGUCCCUGGGCUUCGGGGGUUGUGCUGCAAGGUAUCGCGGAGGCCGGGCUGAAACUCCACCCCAACAAAUUGCUGCUUCAUGAGAAGGGAAUUGGAGUUUUUAGGGCACAAGGUUGGUGGAGAAGGCAUCAGCACUCUGGAGGAAAAGAGUGCGACCGGGCCUUUUGCACUUUGAAAAAGGCACUGACGGAGUCUCCCAUCUUAACCCCCCCAGAUACCAAUCUGCCAUUUGUCAUGGACACAGACGCCAGCGAUGCGGGGAUGGGUGCAGUGUUGAGCCAGGUGGGAUCACACGGGGAGAAAGUAGUGGCAUACUUUAGCAAAACUUUCAACAAGGCUGAGCGGCGUUAUUGCGUGACGCGGAGAGAGUUGCUUGCUAUUGUGAGAGCGAUAGGGCAUUUCCGGUACUAUCUCUGUGGCCUCCCCUUUACUGUGAGAACAGAUCACUCAGCACUCCAAUGGUUAAUGUCCUUUAAAGAACCAGAGGGGCAGAUUGCCCGCUGGUUGGAAGAACUUGCGCCAUAUAAUUUCAAAGUGGAGUACAGGGCUGGGAGUCGCCAUGCCAACGCGGAUGCCAUGUCCAGACGUCCAUGUGCUCUGGAUGGCUGCCGCUAUUGUGAAAAACGAGAGGCCAAGGAACAGGAGCUCUGUGUUGAGGAGCAGGCGGGUCCCUUGUGCAGCGGGGAAGGGCCAAUCUGUGAAGUGGCGGAGCUCCAUGAUCCACUGGAGUGGAGGGCUCAGCAGGAACUGGAUCCCGAUCUGCAACCUGUGCUGCAGUGGGUUGAAUCGGGACAGAGACCACAGUGGAGUGAGGUAGCUGGGUUUUCGCUGGCCACCAAAGGACUGUUUGAAAAGUUUACAACCCUCCGUAUAAAAGACAGAGUACUUCAAAGAGCGUGGAAAGAGCCAGCUACAGGGGAGGAAAGGUGGCAAACUGUAGUCCCCAGAGCACUCAGAGACCCAGUUCUGAAGGCUUGUCACGGAACUCCUGGGGCGGGACACUUUGGAGUCUCAAAAACUCUCAGACGGCUCAGGCAAGGGUUUUACUGGGGCCAGCUCAGGAGGGAUGUAGAGGACUUUUGUCGUCGUUGCGACCUGUGCGCUGCUUAUAAGGGCCCUCCAGGUCAAUCCCGUGCCGAGCUUCAGCAGUUGGCCGUGGGGGCCCCUAUGGAAAGAGUGGCUGUGGACAUAAUGGGUCCGUUUCCCCGGUCAGACCAGGGGAAUCGUUAUGUACUCGCUGCCAUGGACUAUUUCACUAAAUGGCCAGAGGCAUUUGCCAUCCCGGAUCAGGAAGCGGUGACGGUGGCAGACACCCUGGUGGAGGGAAUGUUUUCCAGGUUUGGGGCACCCGAAGUUAUCCACAGCGACCAGGGGAGAAACUUUGAGUCUUCGGUUCAGGAGUCCACAGCAUGCACACCUGCUCUUCUCAUGUUGGGGCGAGAGCUGCGGACACCCAGAGAAAUGUGCUUUGGCAGACCCCCACACACUCCUGCUGUCCCACCAGGACCGGAAUACGCUCGGAGGCUACAGGACCGGAUGGAGACAGCUCAUGCGUUUGCCCGUGACCAGCUGCAAAAGGCUGGGAUCCGGCAGAAAAGAAACUACGACAUGAGGGCCAAAGGAAAAGACUUUAACCCUGAGGACCUCGUGUGGGUGUUCAGCCCUAAGAGAAAAAAAGGGAGGUGCCCUAAGCUGGACUGUCACUGGGUGGGGCCCUGUAGGGUACUUGAGAAGCUUGGGGAGGUGGUGUAUAGGGUGCAGCUCCCACCUAGGGGUAGACGGGUGGCCCUUCACAGAGAUAGGCAAUGGCUCCAAGAUCUCCCCAGAGUCGAACAGGCCUUCGGAGACACCACGCUCCCAGGAAGUCCUUAUUUCGCUCACAUAUGUGCAUAG